UGCCUUUAGCGUGUUGGUUUGCUUUUCCGAAGCUCUCGGGCGGGUUUGUUCACCACUACAAUUCCACCAACGUUUUUUUCUCUGAGAGGAUUGCAUGCUGAUUUGUAGGAAUUCACUUGCAAUAUGUGCAUUGUAAUCCUACUGGCUUUGAUAUGCAUCUCUGCAGCGUUUCCUAUUUCCAACCAUUCAAGAACAUUUAUUCUGCCCCAAUGCGACAACCAAUGUGCCAAGACCUGUAAAGCGUCAGGCACGACAUGGCACAUGAGGUGCGGCUGGGCUAGAUUUGCUACCUUCUCCAAGGAUGGCCAGUCAAUCGCCAACACCUCAGCACUAACAGCAUCCAGCAUGACAAUCAGGAGGAAAGUCAGGCACGACGGUGACUUGCAGGUACUGGAGAUACUGGACGUGCAAGCAAUUUACCACAGCGGCGAGUAUCGCUGUCAGGGGGUGGAUGAACUUCGAACCAAGGUCUGGACAAAAUGCGAGUGCCUAGUAGUUACAGCGCAACAACAGGAACACCAACAAUGUCUGGCGGCAACACGGCCGAAGAUCUAUCCGCCGGGGCCGCGCAAUGUGAGAGGCAUCGAAGGUCAGCCCAGCCUAGUGCUGGAUUGCUUUUCAAAAGGCGGUGCUACACACUUUCGUCGAUGGCUCUCCAAUGGCACACUUAUCCCAAACGCUAACCCGUGGAGCAACACCUACGUUCUGCGGAACGUGACGAGAACCAUGGCCGGCCAGUACAGGUGUGAGCUGCUGGAGAAGCAUAAACGAGAAUACUAUGACAGAGUUGAUUACUUCGUCACAAUACAGCAAGCCGUUCUUCCGGAAGCACCAAGUAAGCCUGAAGCGCGGCCCGGAUAUAAAAUCGUGAACAUCGAGCAAAACCGCGAGCCAAAAACCCAUCUUAUCUUCCAAAGCACAUUCCGUCACGGUCGUAUGAGCCUGGCGGUGAACCACCUGGUCGAGAGGCUCGCGAGCAGAGCCGACCCCAAGCAAGACUUGACGCCGUCAGAAGUCAGCUCCAGACUCCCAUACAUGUCCUCGUUUCUGAUGCUGUUCGUAGACCGAAAGGUUGACUGAACAAAAGACAUUUGAGUAUAGUGUAGAAAGCAAUGCAAUUUGAGGUAUGGCUGUUUGCUCACAGUAUAAUUUAAUUUUAGAUUAUACUUCUUUAUCUUGUGUAAAGGCCAACAUCCGUAUCUAAACACUAUCCUUGUGGGUUGCUAUGAACAUAGGCAUGGAUCCUUCAAACUGUAAGUGUGUGCAAAUUGUAUUGACAAAAUAACCCUAUCCAAAUCCCUCAAUUGAUCAAUACAAUUCAUGUUGACCCUUCUAGUUUUCAGGGUGAACAAGCAUGGAUUGUACUUUUAUAAUUAUGUUCUAUCAGGAGUCUGUUUCCUGUGGAACGUUAUUUUUUCUGAUUGACUGAAAGGAAAGAGGUCCUGGAAGGCCUUGAAUAGCUGGCAUACUUACGAUUGUGCUUACAUUUUACCUAGAGUGUAGUGUGA